GUAAUAGCAGACGCAGAGAAAGAGAAGGGGAAGUUAGCGAAGGAAGGGUGGUCGGUGGUUUAUGAUGAUGAUGAUGAUGAUGAUGCGCGGGACAAUAAAGAGGCAAGAGGUGCUGUAGUUCAAAGUUUUGUUAGGGAUCAGUUCGUCUUUGACAAAGAGCCAAAGGAGGGCAAGUCCGUCGUUAAGUCCGACGAAAAGAUAAUUAUCGAUCGAUCGCCAGUCGUCGAGCCGACGAUAGUUAAGCAACGUUUCGUUCGCGAUGGGAAGGGUGAUUCGAACGUUACGAUCGUUGCGUCGAAAACUGUGGUUUCAACGACCGGCGACAAAGAUCAGUCGCCGGUGAUCACUAAGACUGUCACUGUUCGAAAGAUAGACGACACCGUGGUACCCACAGACACGGUGGCAAUCUCCAACGGCAAACAGAGUGUCGUCGUGAGCGAGAAGGAACAGCUGUCGAAAGAAGGUAAGGAAAUCGACGAGAAACAAACCACUCCAGUCAAGACGCAAGGCGCGAAAGUUGCGUUGGAGAAGGCUAAGGAAGUCUCGCGAGACGAACAGAAGCAGCAGUUACCGAAAGAGACGGUUGUGAAAGCCAACAUUCCUAAGGAAACGAAACCGAACGCGAGCGACAAGCAAGUGUCCGCUUACGAGAGCGUGUACAGCGUUCGGUAUUCGUCGGCUCAGCCGACGGAGGAGAAGCAAGAGGACGAGCCGAAGAGGUCGAAGGAGAAGAGCGGAGGCAUACUCUCAGGUAUUUUCAAGGGAUCGAAACUUAAGAAGAGCAAGUCGAAAGGAUCGAAAGACACGUCGUUCGACAGUGGCGACGAGGAAGUGAAACCAGAGCAACAACACCAGACGCAACAGCCUACUUUCGUCGCGUAUCGUACACAGGUGGACUCGAAACCUGGCGAAACGAUCCAGGCGAUACCGGACGUCAAAUUGGCCACCGAGCAAUUUUUAGAGGACUCGAGGCACGUUGCCUCGGACGUCCACGUGCCUAUCAUCGCGGUGUCUUCGACGAAGAUCGACGAGACGAAGGAAACGAAAGACGAGCCAGAAGCAACAGCCCAGGACGAAACGGACGAUCGUUCUGGAACAGUGGCAAGUGAUGCAGGCGAUCAAGAGAGAGAGAAGGGCGGUGGUUUCUUCGGUAUGUUCAAGAGUCCCAAGUCAAAGGACAAGAAACUGAAGAAGGGCAAGGAGACGUCUCUGGACAGCGGCGACGAGGAGCUUCGAAUCGCCACGGAGAAAUUCUUGGACGAUACGCGAAAGGUUGCCGAAGCCACGGUCGUUCCCUCGGCUCCUGAAGUCGACGCGAAACAUACGGAUCUGCACACGUUCACCUCGCCGGUUCGUUACGACGAGGACACGCCCAAGGAUAAGAUAAACGGGCACUCGUACGACAUCUCGGAGAUGCAGAAGAAAUUAGAAGGCAUUCCUCACAAGGAAAUGAACGGGAAAUCGGACGUUAAAAAACAGAAGGAGCAGAAGGAGCGAAGCGUGGAGAGGUACAGCGACUUGAAGCCAGAGGCAAAGUCCGAUUCGCCGGAUAAACAAGUGGAAAGCAAGAAGGAAGCGGAGAGGGAGGACAAGGACAAGAGCGGUGGUUUCUUGAGCAUGUUCAAGAGCCCGAAGCUGAAGAGUAAGAAGAGAAGCUCGUCCAAAGAGAAGAGCUCGUCCAAAGAAACGUCCUUCGACAGCGGGGACGAGGAAGCGCGACAAUUGACAGCCAGUUUCCUGGACGACACGAAGAGAGUCGCCGACAGUUUGCAUCGUGAGGAUGCAUCGAAGCCCGUCACUGAGAAACUAACAGCGAUUCCCGAUCCCGCGUCCGCGGAACACGCGGACAAAGAGGAGAGGAGCGGCAUCUUCAGCAAAUUCCGAAGUCCCAAGUUGACGAGAGCGUCGCGAAGCAGGUCUCGAGAGAAGAGCACACCGCCGCAGGAGCCGGUGAUAAGUCCGGGCAGCACGAUCCGAGAGGCUACGGAGAAGUUCCUGGAAGAUUCGAGGAACCUUGCAAGUUUGACGUCCGAUGUGCCGGACAAAGCAGACGACGCGAAGAAAUCGAAGGAGGUCGACGACGUUGACGACGCGAAGAAGAGGAUAUCUUCCGGAAUAGAUACGGUGGUGGAUACCGCGGAAACCGCGAAGGACAAGGCUGCGAGAGAAGCUAAGAAAGCCAAGGAGAAGACCGGUGGUUUCCUGUCUGGACUGUUCAAGGGGGCGAAACACGCUGCGGACGAAGCUUCCGAGGAGACGAAGGACGUUCUCGACGAAACGAAGAAACAGGUCGGUGAAACAGUGGAAGGGAGACUGAAAGACCUCGACGCGACGAAAGACAAAUUAGUCUCGGAAGCAAAGGAGGAGAAGGACAAGAUCAAAACUGUUGUUAAAGAUACGAAGGAUGCAGUUGGCGAGAAAGUGUCCGAGGCUGCGCAGAAAGUGUCGGACACCGGUAAAGCUGUUGCUGAAAAAGCAGACACUUCCUUACAGGACGCGACCGACAGCGUGAAAACUGCAAAGGACAAAACAGCUGCGAGGGCGAAAGAUGCUAGAGAGACGGUAGCAGCAACUGCCAGAGACGCGAAGGACAAGGUGAGCGAGAAAGCAGCCGAGGGAGCGAAGAAAGUGACUGACACGGGUAGAGCGAUCUCUGAGAAGGUGGUCGAGGGUGCAAAGGAUACCGAGGCGAAAGCGGAAUCGGCUGCGCGAAGCGUGGCUGAUGGCGCGAGAGCAGCGAAGGAUAAAGUCGCCAAAGAGAUCAAGGAAGACACUGAAAUAGCGAAGCAGAAGGUAUCGUCUGGAAUGGACACGGUGAUAGAUGGUGCAGCAGCCGCGAAGGACAAGGCUGCGAAGGAAGCUAAGAAAGCCAAGGAGAAGACCGGUGGUUUCCUCUCGGGAUUCUUCAGAAGCGCGAAACACGCGGCAGACGAAGUUUCAGAGGAAGUGAAAGACUUUGUCGACGAAACGAAGAAAGAGGCUGCGGAGGAGGAAGCUCGUGCUCGCGAGACAGUUGCGGAGAAGUUGAAGGAGGCCGACACGGCGAAGGACAAGGCAGUUGCGGAGGCAAAGGCUGCGAAGGACAAGGUAGCAUCCACCGUGAAAGAUGCCCGAGACACGGUAGGUGAAAAGGCAUCGGAAGCUGCGCAGAAGGUGUCAGACACUGGCAAAGCUGUUGGCGAGAAAGUAGCCGACGGAGCGAAGCAUGCCGAAGAAAAGCUAGAUGCCGCGGUGCGUGACGUGGCAGCAGCGAGGGACAAAGUCGACGAGGCACGGAAGAUAAAAGAGAAAAUUGCGGAUGAAGCUGAAGCCGCUGCACGAGAAGUUGCCGAGGGUGCUAAAGCAACGAGAGAUCACGUGGCUAAGGAGAUUAAAGAAGACGCCGAAGCAGUGAAGCAUAAGGUAACAUCUGGAAUAGACUCGGCAGCGGAUAGCGCAGUGGCAGCGAAAGAUAAGACUGCCAGGGAAGCGAAGAAAGUCAAAGAGAAGACUGGUGGGUUCCUCUCUGGCCUGUUCAAAGGUGCGAAACACGCAGCGGAUGAGAUUUCAGACGACGUGAAAGACUUCGUCGAGGAAACAAAGAGGGAAGCUUCGGAGGAGAGAGCUCAUGCGCACGAGGCAAUGGAGAAGAAGCUCGAGGACGUGGCUACAGCCAAGGAUAGAGCAGCUGCUGAUAUCAAAGAGGCAAAGGAUAAGGCUGCAGUUGCUGCGAAGGAUACGAAAGAUAAAAUCAAAGGCGUCGCGCUAGACACCAAGGACAGGAUCAGCGAGAAAGUGUCCGAUGCUGGGAAAUCUGUGGGUGAAAAAGUAGCAAACGAAGUCGAGGAGAUUGGCAAGUCUGCCGACGCUGCUGCUCAACGGGUAGCUGAAAGCACGGAAACAGCUAAAGACAAGAUACUUACGGACGUGAAAGAUGUCAAAGACAAAGCUGCGACUGCGGUAAAAGACAGCAAGGAUAAAGUCAGCGAGACUGGGCAGAAGAUAUCAGACGCUGGUAAAACAGCCGGAGAGAAAGUCGCAGACAGCGUGGAAAAGAUUGGAGACAAGACGAAGGCAGCUGUUCGCGAAGUAGUCGAGGGUACGACAGCGGCGAAGGACAAAGUAGCGAAGGAAAUCCAAGACGACGUUGACGCUGCAAAGGAGAAAGUUUCGUCGGGCGUAAGUGCAGUCGCGGAUGGUGCAGCCACGGCGAAAGACAGAGCGACGAAGGAAGCGAAGAAAGCCAAGGAGAAGACCGGUGGUUUCCUAUCGGGGCUGUUCAAAGGUGCCAAACACGCUGCCGACGAAGUUUCCGACGAUGUCAAGGACUUCCUCGAGGAAACGAAGAGAGAAGCGUCGGAGGAGAAGGACCGCUUGCGCGACACAGCAGACGCAAAGUUGAAAGAUUUGGAAGCAGCGAGGGACAAAGCAGCCGGGGACUUGAAAGAGGCGAAGGACAAGGUUGCAGCUUCUGCGAAGGACGCCAAAGACACGGCCCUUGCCAAAAUGUCGGACGCAGGCAAAGCUGUCGGUGAAAAGGUAGCCGACGGAGUGAAACGUGCUGAGGAGGAAAGCGAAUCCUUGGCUCGAGGAAUAGUGGACGGUGCAAAGGAGACGAAGGAUAAAGCGGCCGCAGAUUUGAAGGGUGCUAAAGACAAGGUUGUCACCGCUGCCAAGGAUACCAAGGAGAAGAUAGCUGAAGGUGCGCAGAAGGUAGCCGACGCCGGUAAAGCUGUUGGCGACAAAGUGGCCGAGGGAGUGAAAGACGCUGAAGCGAAAGCCGACGCAGCGGCGAGAGAAGUGGCUGAUGGUGCAAAGGUAGCGAGAGAGAAGAUAGCGAAAGAGAUGAAAGAAGACGUCGACGCGGCGAAGCAAAAGAUCUCAUCUGGCGCAGAGGCAGUCGCAGAUGGUGCCGCGGCUACGAAGGAUAAGGCCAGCAAGGAGGCAAAGAGAGCGAAAGAGAAGGCGGGUGGUUUCCUCUCGGGGCUCUUCAAGAGUGCAAAACACGCAGCAGACGAGGUCUCUGACGACGUCAAGGACUUUGUUGACGAAACGAAGAAGGAAGCUGCCAGAGAGGAAGCUCGUGCGCGCGACGCGGUGGCAGAGAAGUUGAAAGACGUCGAUGCAGCGAAAGACAAAGCAGUCGCGGAUGUGAAAGGCGCGAAGGCGAAAGUUGCAACUGCUGUGAAAGAUGCGAGAGACGCUGUUGGCGAGAAGGUGGCUGACGGCGCGCAGAAGGUAUCCGAUGCUGGAAAACUUGUUACUGACAAAGUAGUGGACGGUGUCAAACAGACCGAGCACAAGGUAGAAUCCACUGCGAAAGACGCUGCUGAUACUUUGAAAGCGGCCAAGGACAAAGUAGUUACCGACACCGUGCAAGCUAAAGACAGAAUUGUAGACGCUGCCAAAGACGCGAAAGACAAGGUUGGCGAAAAAGCAACUGAAGCUGCGCAGAAGGUGUCUGACACAGGCAAGAUUGUGGAGGAGAAAGUAACAGAUGCUGCGAAGAAAGCUGGGGAGACAGUCGACGAUGCAGCAGUCGGCGUCAAGGCAGCAAAGGACAAGGUAACUAAAGAGAUCAAAGAAGAUACCGAAGCAGCGAAACAGAAAAUAAGCUCCGGGAUAGACUCGGCGGUAGACAGUGCAGCGGCAGCGAAAGACAAGGCCGCGAAAGAAGCGAAGAAAAUGAAAGAAAAAGGCGGCGGUUUCCUCUCCGGGUUGUUCAAGGGGGCGAAACACACCGCGGACGAAGUCUCGGGAGACGUGAAGGAGUUCCUCGAGGAAGCAAAGAGAGAGUCCUCCCAAGAAAAAGUACUGGCGCACGAAGCGAUGGAUAGAAAGAUGGAAGAAGUGGCCGAAGCGAAAGACAGAGCGGCUACGGGAAUUAAAGACGCAACGGAUAAAAUCGCGACCUCUGUCAAGGACACGAAGGAUCAAGUUGAAACGAAAAUUUCCGACGGCGUGCAAAAAGUGUCAGACGCUGGGAAAGCUGUUGGCGAGAGGAUCGAAGACGGAAUAAAAUAUACCGGAGAUAAAGUGGAAUCCGCGACUCGAGAUCUGGCCGACGGUGCAAAGGCAGCGAAAGACAAAGUGGUCACCGAGGUAAAAGAGGUCAAGGAUAAAACUGUGGGAGCUGUGAAGGACACUAAGGACAAAGUCAGCGAGAAAGUAGCAGACGGCUCGCAGAAACUGGCAGACACUGGUAAGAAGGUGGAGGAAAAGAUAGCGAGCGGCGUGAAAACAGCGAAAGCGUCUGCUCACGAGGUAGCUGAAGCUGCGAGAUCGACGAAGGACAAACUGGAGAAAGAAAUUAAAGAAGACACGGCCACGACGAAGCGAAAGAUCUCGUCGGGUAUAGACGCGGUUGCAGAUGGCGCAGACGCGGCUAAGGAAAAGGUUACGAAGGAAGCGAAGAAGGCCAAAGAGAAAGGCGGAGGCUUUCUGUCGGGUCUGUUCAAAGGGGCAAAACACGCAGCCGAGGAGGUCUCGGAAGACGUGAAGGAAUUCUUCGACGAGGCAAAGAGGGAAGCAGCCGAGGAUGAAGCGCGUGCUCGUGCUUCCGUGGAGAAAACAUUGGACGACGUCGACGCGGCAAAGGAUAAAGUUGCCGCAGAGGCUAAAGAAGCGAAGGACAAGGUGGCAACCGCUGUAAAAGACACCAAAGAUAAGGUUGGUGAAAAAGUAUCCGAUGGCGUGAAAGCGGCAAAGGACGUUGGCAAAACUGUGGGCGAUAAGGUAGUGGACAGUACGAAACAGGCAGAGGCUAGAGCAGAAGCUGCUGCUCGAGAGGUAGCUGAUGGUACGAAAGCGACGAAAGACAGGUUAAUCGCAGGUAUCAAAGACACUGCAGACACGUUGUCGACUGCAGCGAAGGACACGAAAGACAAAGUCAAAGACAAAACGUCAGAAGGGGCGCAGAAGAUAUCGGACGCCAGCGAAGCCAUUGCAGAUAGCGUGGAGAAAGCGAAGAAUAAAACGGAAGCAGCUGCCAGUGGACUCGUGGAAGAUGCAAAAGCAGCGAAAGACAAAACGGCCAGAGAGAUCAAAGACGACGCCGAGGCCGUGAAACAAACUAUUUCUUCUGGAAUAGAUGCUGCAGUAGACGGUGCAGCGUCUGCCAAGGACAAAGCUGCUAAAGAAGCUAGGAAAAUCAAAGAAAAGGGCGGUGGUUUCCUCUCAGGGUUGUUCAAAGGCGCGAAACAGGCGGCUGAUGAAGUAUCCGACGACGUCGGAGAAUUUCUCGACGAAAGCAAGAGGGACGCGUCGGAGGAGAAAGCUCGUUUACACGAUGCAGCGGACGCAAAGUUAAAGGAUGUCAAAGCAGCGAAAGAUAAAGCAGCCGCGGAUGUCAGAGAUGCAUGGGACCAGGUUGUGAUUGCAACGAAGGACACGAAGGAUACGAUCGGUGAAAAGACGUCUGCUGUUGGCGAUAAAGUGGCCGACGAAGCGAAACAUGCAGUGAAAAAAAUGGACACCAAGAUUCAAGAAUUAGCUGACGAAGCAAAAUCAGCAAGAGAUAAAGCAGCCGCUGAUGCCAAAGACGCGAAAGAAAAGGCGGCGACAACUGCCAAGGACACAGUGGACAAAAUUAGCGAGAAGCUGACCGAUGGUAAACAAAAGGUAACAGACGCUGGUAAAGCAGUGGGAGAAGGUAUCGCAGACAGUGUUAAAAAGGCAGGAGAUCAAGUGGAAGCAGUUGCAGAGGACGUAGCCGGUGGUCUGACGGCAGCAAAGGACAAAGCAGCCACGGAAAUUAAGAAGGAUGCUGAAGCUGUAAGACAGAAAGUUCCUUCGGGCAUAGACACAGUUACGGACACAGCGGUGUCUUCCAAGGACAAAGUUGCAAAGGAAGCGAGGAAAGCAAAGGAAAAGACCGGCGGCUUCUUUUCUGGAUUGUUCAAGAGCGCGAAACACGCGGCGGACGAAGUCUCCGAGGAAGUGAAAGACUUUGUCGACGAAACGAAGAAGGAGGCUGCCGAGGAAGAAGCACGUGCUCGCGAGGCAGUGGCAGGAAAAUUCAAGGAUCUCGACUCGGCGCGAGAAAGAACAGCUGCUGACGUGAAAGAUGCGAAAGAUAAGGUUGUGAGCGCUGCAGUGGACGCGCAGGACAAAGUCAGCGAGAAAGUGUCCGACACUGUGCAAAAGGUGUCGGAUGCUGGUAAAACGUUAGGCGAGAAGAUCUCGCACGGAACGAAAGAGGCUGAAGCGAAAGCGGAGACAGCGGUUGAAGACCUAGUUACAGGUGCAGAAACAGCAAAGGCCAAAAUAACAGCGGACGCAAGAGACGUUAAAGACAAGGCUGCAUCUGCCGCGAAGGACGCCAGAGAUAAAGUCAGCGAGACUGUGUCCGACGCUGGUAAAACAGUCGGCAGGAAGGUUGCAGAAGGUGCGAAGAAAGUCGAGGAGAAAGCGGACAAAACUGCUCGCGACAUAUCUAGCGGCGCCAAAGCAGCGAAAGACGCGGUGGUCAAAGAAAUAAAAGACGACACGGAAGCGGCGAAGCAGAAAGUGUCAGGAGCCGUGGAUACAGCGGUGGAUACCGCAGCAUCUGCCAAGGACAAAGCUGCCAAGGAAGCUAAAAAAGCUAAGGAGAAGACUGGCGGUUUCCUCUCUGGAUUGUUCAAGGGUGCAAAGCACUCGAUCGAUGAAGUUUCCGACGACGUGAAAGAUUUCCUUGACCAAACGAAGAGGGAAGCUUCCGAAGAGAGAUCUCGCGCGCAAGAAGCGGUAGAAAAGAAACUCGAAGACGUGGCUGCAGCGAAAGACAAAGCAGCUGCCGACGUAAAGGAUGCGGCAGACAAAGCUGCGACUGCUGCGAAGGAUACCAAGGACAGAGUGUUUGCCAAAGUAUCUGAUACCGCGCAACAGAUAUCGGAUGCCGGAAAAGCUGCCGGUGAACGAGUAGUCGACGGUGCGAGGAAAGUCGAAGAACAGGUAGAUACUAAAGUUCACGACGCAGUUGACAGUGCGAAAGCAGCCAAGGACAAGGUAGUGACCGAUGCGAAAGACGCGAAGGAUAAAGCCGCGUCUGCUGCGAAAGACGCAAAGGACAAGAUCGGCGAGAAAGUGAGCGAUGGCGCGCAAAAGAUAUCAGAAACUGAUACGGCUGCGAAAGAAGCUAAGAAAGCCAAGGAGAAGACCGGUGGUUUUCUGUCCAGUUUGUUCAAAGGUGUGAAACACGCGGCGGAUGACAUGUCGGAAGACGUGAAGGAGUUUGUGGACGAAACGAAGAAGGAAGCUGCCGAGGAGGAAGCCCGUGCGCGCGAGGCAGUGGCAGAGAAGUUGAAGGACGUCGACGCAGCGAAAGACGAAGGAAUCGCAGCCGUGAAAGAUGCGAAGGAUAAGGUGAUAACAGAGGUGAAAGAUGCAAAGGAUAAAGUGGGCGACAAAGUCUCAGAAGCCGCGCAGAAAGUAUCCGAUGGCGGCAAAGCUGUUGGCGAGAAAGUAGCGGACAGCGUAAAACAGAUUGGAACCACUGCGGAUGCUACUGCUCACCGAGCAGCGGAUGAUGCAAAAGCAGUGAAAGACAAAGUGGCGGCUGAUGUGAAGGAUAUUAAAGACAGAACUGCUGCGACCGCAAAGGACGCUAAGGACAAAAUUGCCGAGAAGGUGGUUCAGGGCGUCGAAAAGAUCUCGGACGCUGGUAAAGCCGUCGGAGAAAAAGUCGCAGAUGGAGCAGAAACAGCCAAGGAUAAAGUUGAAGCGAUUGCUCACGGGCUAGCGACUGAGACGAAACAGGUGAAAGACAAAGUGUCUAGAGAAAUUGAGGACGACGCGGAAGCUGCAAAGCAGAAAGUAACAGGGGCGGUAGAUGCGGUAGCAGACACCGCUGUAUCUGCGAAGGACAAAGCUAUCAAGGAGGCUAAGAAAGCCAAGGAGAAGGGCAAUGGUUUCCUUUCUGGAUUAUUUAAAGGUGCGAAACACGCGGCUGACGAAGUUUCAGACGACGUCCGAGGAUUUCUCGAGGAAACUAAACGAGAAGCGUCCGAAGAGAAAACCCGUUUGCACGAUGCAGCGGACGCAAAAUUGAAGGACAUCGAAGCAUCGAAGGACAGAGCUGCCACGGACGUUAAGGAUGCAAAGCAGAAAGUUGUAGGGGCUGUAGUAGACGUCAAAGACAAAGUCACUGAAAAAGUAUCUGAAGGUGUGGAGAAGGUAUCGGACGUUGGUGCAGCUGUUGGCGGCAAGAUCGUCGACGGUGUAAAACAUGCGGAAACGAAAACGGAAGCAGCAGCUCGUGAAAUAUCUGACGGGGCCAAAUCGGUGAAAGACAAGGUGGUUUCAGAUCUGAAGGGAGCCAAGGAUACGAUCGCAUCGGCGACAAAGGACGCGAAAGAUAAAAUUACAGAGAAAGCGUCGGAAGGGGCGCGGAAAGUGUCAGACACCACCAAGACCAUUGGGGAGGAAGUCACCGAAGGAUUGAAAACAGCUGAAGAUAAAACAGCAACCGUUGCUCACGACAUCGCUGACGGCGCGAAAGCAGCAAAGGAUAAAGCUGCUAAAGAAAUGAAGGAAGACGCUGAGGCAGUGAAGCAAAAGCUAUCGUCUGGUGUAGACGCAGUGGCAGACGGCGCAGAGGCCGCAAAGGACAAGGCUGCGAAGGAAGCUAAGAAAGCCAAAGAGAAGACCGGCGGUUUCCUUUCUGGUUUGUUCAAAGGUGUGAAACACGCCGCGGACGAAAUGACCGAGGACGUGAAAGAAUUCGUGGACGAAACGAAGAGGGAAGCUGCCGAGGAGGAAGCUCGCGUUCGCGAAGCAGUAGCGGAAAAAUUAAAAGACGUCGACGCAGGGAGAGAGAAGGCGGUCGCAGAUGUGAGAGACGCCAAGGAUAAAGUUGCCACUGCUGCGAAGGACACCAAGGACGCGGUCGUUGCAAAAGUAUCUGACGCCACGCAGAAAGUAUCGGACGCAGGUAAAACUGUCGGUGAAAAGAUAGGCGAUGAGAUGAGACGAGCCGAGAAAGAAGGCGAGUCUGCAGCUCGAGGACUGGUCGAUGGCGCAAAGGAGAUGAAGGACAAAGUAGCAGCGGAUUCGAGGGACACCAAAGACAGAGCUGCUGCAAUUGCAAAGGACGCUAAAGGUAAAAUCGCUGAGAAAGUAGCUGACGCUGGUAAAGCUGUUGGAGAUGCAGUCGCGGACGGGGCAGAGAAAGCCAAGGAUAAAGUCGAGGCAACCGCUCACGGAAUAGCGACCGAGGCGAAACAAACGAAAGACAAGGUAUCGAAAGAAAUUCUGGACGAUGCCGAGGCAGCGAAGCGGAAGGUUUCGUCGGGGGCAGCCGCAGUUGCGGACGGUGCUGCAGCAACAAAGGACAAGGCUGCGAAAGAAGCUAAGAAAGCCAAGGAAAAGGGUAGCGGUUUCCUAACGGGGCUGUUCAAGGGUGCAAAGCAGGCAGCCGAUGACGUUACGGGAGAUGUCAAGGACUUUCUCGAGGAGGCAAAGAGGGAAGCUUCCGAAGAACAAGCUGGCGCGCACGAAGCAGUGGAGAGAAAAAUCGAGGACGUAGCUGCAGGAACGAAGGACACGAAGGACAAGGUAACAAGCGCUGUGAAAGAUGCCAAAGUCGCAGCGGGUGAAAAGAUGUCUAAAGCUGCGCAGAAAGUAUCAGAUGUCGGAAAAGCUGCCGGUGAAAGAGUAGCCGACGGUGUGAAAAAAGUUGAAGAACAGGUAGACGCCAAAGUUCACGACGUGGCUGACAGCGCGAAAGCAGCGAAGGACAAAGUAGUGACCGAUGCGAAAGACGCAAGGGACAAGAUCGGCGAGAAAGUAAGCGAUGGCGUGCAAAAGAUAUCAGAAACUGGUAAAAAAGUAGCGGAUGGGGUGAGAAAGGUUGAAGACGAGACAGAAGCAAUAGCGCGCGAUGUAGCUGACGGUGCGAAAUCUGCAAAGGAUAAAGUAACAACAGAAGUGAAGAAGGACGCGGAAGCUGCGAAGCAGAAAGUUUCUUCGGGAAUAGAUACAGCUGCGAAAGAAGCUAAGAAAGCCAAGGAGAAGGCCGGUGGUUUCCUGUCGGGAUUGAUCAAAACUGUGAAGCACACGGCAGACGAAGUUUCGGAAGAGGUCAAAGGAUUCGUCGACGAGACAAAGAAGGAAGCUGCUGAGGAGGAAGCACGUACUCGCGAAGAAAUUGCCAGUAAGGCAAGAGAGAUCGACGCAGCGAAAGAACGAGUCGCUGCCGGCGUGGAAGCUGCAAAGGACAAAGUUGCCGCAGAUAUAAAAGGUACCGGGGAGAAAAUUUCAUCCACCGUAAAAGAUGCGAAGGACAAGCUCGAUGAAAAAGUGUCUGUUACGGUGCGUACCGUAUCAGAAGCUGGCAAAACCGUAGACGAUAAGAUUGCCGACGCGGCGAAGAAAACGGAAGCAACCGCAAAAAUGGCUGCUCAGAGCGUAGUUGACGAAGCAAAGGCAGCAAAGGAUAAGCUGGAAAAGGAGAUGAAAGAAGAUACUUUUGCUGCAAAGCAGAAGAUUUCGUCUGGAGUGGAUAGAAUGCACGUGGAUGGUGCAGAAUCAGCGAAGGACAAGGCUUCGAAGGAGGGUAAAAAAGCGAAGGAGAAAGGCGGCGGAUUCCUUUCCGGUUUGAUCAAAAGUGCGAAACACGCGGCGGACGAGGUAUCCGGCGACGUGAAGGAGUUCGUCGACGAAACGAGAAAGGAAGCAGCGGAGGAAGAGGCUCGUGCCCGAGAGGUGGUAGCGUCUGAAAAACUGAAAGACGUCGAUGCUGCUGCGAAAGCUGCCAAGGACAAGGUGAAAACCGGCGCGAAGGAAGUUAAGAGCACAGUGAGCUCCGAAGCCGUAGAGAAAGUGUCGGACACUGGCAAAGCUGUUGGUGAAAAAGUAGCUGAUGCCGGAAAAUCUGUCGGAGGGAAACUGUCGAGUCAGACGGAGCAGAGAUUCGUGGCAGAGGGCAGCGAGCCGAAAAGCAGCGUAGCUGCGUUUCUCGAAGAGAUGAGGCGAGACGCAGUGUGGGACAAAGUACCGCUGCAAGACGAACCCGACGACGUUCACUUGUACGAAAACGUGGACACGAUGUACGUGAGACAUGGGAAGCCCGAGUCGAAAGCUCGGAAACACGGGAAAGACGUGAGGUUCACCACCUCGUCGUCGGUUUUCGAUGUACACGAUCCGCUGUCUGGCUUAGGCGCCGAGGCACAGGUCAGACUGUUGUCCGACGUAAGCGCCGGUGACGACGGCGAUGCUCGUGAUGCCGGCGAAUCGACAACCGAGAAAGUAUCGUCCCGCAUUCCACAGCAAUUUAGUUCCUCGAAAGACCGGUUAGUUAGCUCUAGCAGUUGGUCGGACAGUACGGUUCAGAUAGGGAACAACGUGUUUAGCGAAGUAGAGCACCUUGAGCCUCAGACACGACAGACCGUCACCACAGUCGUAAGAAAGUCUGUGCGGACGGCAGCGACCCCACCACCCAGUCCCGCCGAGUACACUGACAGUAGAAUCGAAGAUGUUACCGAGGAGGCCGCGAGACGGGCGCAGAGCCUUGCCGAUCAGGCGCAAUCGGCGACGAAAUCAGGUAACGUAUGGCCAACGAAAGUAUGAAAAGUAUUCACGAACACAGAUCGCAGGCCCAAGAUCAAUAAACGUUAGCAGAUC